GAAGCGCAGAUUGAUUUUCCGCAUAUAAAUUAUACAUAUUUGUGUUGUUGUAUGCUCUUUUGGCAUAUAUGUUGAAAUUAAAAGAAUUUAUUCUCUAUUUGAUUCGUACUUGCGACCAUUAAAUAGAGAGCAUUAUAAAUAAGCAUCAGUACUGCACUCUGUGAAGUCAUCCAAUAUUCAUGGCAAGAGGAGGAGGAGGACCAGGCGUGGCUGCCAGAUCAAACCUGUUGCUGCAUCAUCUCCGGAGAGCUAAGGGAGCGGAGAGUAGUACAGGGCAGCAGGUUCCAAAGAGUAGCAGUGGGAAGGAUUCAUGCUGGUGGAUUCCACACCCAAGGACAGGAAUUUACUUCCCUGCUGGCCAUGACUGGGUAAUGGAAGAUGUUCCCGACGGCGCUGCCACCUUCGCCGAGACCUGCUGCUUCAGAAAUAUUUAAAUACUCUCCUGUGUUCUCCACAAAUCACAAUCCUAUAUGCAUGCAUGCAUGCAUGCAUCAAUCAACUUAACUGGUUUAAUUUCAACUCAUGGAUAGAGUGGUAGUAAUAUUCAAAUAAACACCACUACUAUAUAUAUACCACCAUCAUGGAUAUAUAUCUGUAAAUGAAUGAAUGUGAAUGUGAAAAUAAUUUCACUAGCUAGCCUA